ACACCCGGCGGUGAUCGGAAGAGGAACGUUUUUGAUACGACCAGAGAAAGCAAUGCACAUGGAGUUCCUUAGCCGGCGAGGAGCUUCUGUUGUUAAUUGAUUGAUUUUAUAACGGAAUCUUAAUUGCAUCUUCAUUGUUGUUUGGGCGUCGGUAGGUAUUGGAAUUUAAAAAUAAUGAGGAAUACAGUGAGUCUAAAACGCUAAAAUUAACGCCUGGUUUUAGCAUGUGCUAGCUCGUUAGCGAGUUUUGCAAGCCUAAGAAAUGCAUCUAUCAAAUGUUAUGUUGUAUGUCUUCUAAACAAGAGCAAGUUUGAUGCUAACUUAACACAUUAAGCAAACUUUAUAAUAAAGCCGACAACGUUAAAAAACGUAAUUUAUAAAAAAAAUGCAACACUUUUGUGAAUGUCUUUGAUGAUUGAUAUUUGAUGAUGAUGGAUUUACUUGUUUGACAUUUGUGCGAUAACUCUAGUAUGACAGACAUAAAAACUCAAGAAGUGUUUCUUUAAACAUAACUAUAUGUAUGUAUUUAUGUAUGUAUGUAUUUACUUUACCUACCAGUAGGUUGUUGCAGGAUUGGUAUUUGUAGCGUUGUUAUGUUUAUUUUACUGAUAACUUAAAUGUCAAACAUUAACUGUUCAGGCCAAGUGCCUAUAGUCUUGACAGUGAAUAAUGUGGUCUCUUUUACUGUUUACUCAGCUCCUUCAGAAGCGCCCCAGAUUGCAGUGACAUGGUAAUAUUCUGCGAAUGGCACCACAUACCCAUGGACCACAAGAGUAGCAGAGGUUUGCCAAUGACUGGUGAAGAAACUGAUUUGGGGGCUUCGGCCUCACCAAUGGCGGGGUAUUUGGGAAAAGUUCAAGAAAGGGCAGCAAAACUUGAGCACUGUCCCUGGUGUACUGCAAAGGGCUUGACCUAUUCUCUGCGCUCCUACCGCAUCAACCUCCAGGAGUCCGUUACACUCUGCACAAACCCUCAGUGCCUUUUCCCUUUGGUCAGCCGAUCCUUGGAAGAUGUCUUGGCAAGGUUGGUUCCCGUGGAGCUCGCGGUUGGAAAGAAAAGAAAAAAAACCCAGGAUGAAGAAGAGCAGAUUAAACGCUCACCCAAACAGCUGCGAUUGAAUGAACUCGACAGUUUCAGGACAGAAAGUGUUACGGAAACACUUGUCAACCAGGCCGCCAUUAGAAAUGAGCAAGUUUUGGCACAGGAGACAGAUGGUGGGAAAGUGAAUGGUAAUGACAGGAUCUUAGAUUGUGGAGUUACAGAAAAGGAAACGAUACAAAGUCACCACGAUUUGGUGAAAGUAACAGAAAGUGCUACCUCGGCCUCCGAUGGACACCCACAGAGCUCAACAGAAGCCUUGUUGACCAGUAACGGUGAUGAGCCUCUUCUCUUGCAGCACUGUGGCACUCUUGGUGUGUCAGUCAUGAACGAUGACUCUAGGCUUGAAUCAUACAAGCACAUUCAUUCAGUUGAGAUCAAUGGGCCAUCACCUCCGCUCAUUGAACCGUACGUACAAGACAAGCAGAAAUCACAAACCUGUACACUCCCCACAUGUGAGAACAAAGAUGGGAUUAAGUCUAAUACGGAGGAGUUUUCUUCUCCAUCGGCGGCCAUCUCAGAGGAGCUUGUGUCUGUUCCAGAUAAGAUUUUCUGGUGGAAUGCAGACAACCUCUGUUGGCUGGACUCUCUGCUUGUUGCUUUGGUGAAAUGUAGAAGUUUGAGAAGGAGGAAACCUAAAGAUGAGCCUCAACACUCGUCUGUGUGGCAGCUUAUAAACAGAUAUGAAGCGAUCUGUGCUGCCGUUGAAGCCCAUCAUCAGACUGGUAGAGAUGGCGUGGUGCAGGUGCCGAACCAUGUGCUGCAAAAAGCCCGUGCAGAUCUGCAAAAUCUCAGGAUGUCGAUCUUCAAGCUUCUCCAGACAAAGCUGCACUGCCAGCUGGGCCAGAGGGAAACUCCAGUGUUUGCCAUUCCCCUUCUGCUUGCAAUGGACUCGUGGGCAGAGCCUCUCUUCCAAUCAACAUUUGACUGGGAGUUUAAGUGCAGUGAAUGCAGAGCUGCUACAAGUCAAAGGCAUGUGAAAACUCUUCCCUCCUUCACCAAUAUUAUGUCUGACUGGCACCCACUUCACGCUGCUCAUCUGGCUCCCUGCAACGCCUGCUACAAAAAGAGGCAGAGGAGGACAAUGAUACUGGAGAAUGUGCCUCCGGUCUUUAUGCUGCAUUUUGUAGAGGGACUUCCUGACAAUGAUGUUAAACUCUACACCUUUGACUUUGAAGGGAAACGGUACUCGAUCACCAACGUCAUCCAGUACAAACACAAACUCCACCACUUUGUCACCUGGGUUCAUCACACUGAUGGAUACUGGCUGGAAUAUGAUGACUUAAAACAUCCGGUCUGUGUGAAGCAUCAGAAUCUCCCUGUUCCUGCCGAGGAGAUGCACAUCAUUUUUUGGGAAGUGGAUGAAGAAAACAAGCCUCUUGUGUGUUCUCCCUCCAGUACAUUCUUUAAGUCUUCGGCUUCUACCUGUCUCACAAGCCCAAAUGCAUCUCCCUGUCAAACCCAAAAAGCCUCGGCAGCAGAUGAAACUGUGACCUGCUCUCCAGAUCAGUCUCUCGCUCUUCCACAUAACGACACUGCCAUUUUCUGUGCGCUCGCAGAAACUGAAAAACACAGCAACAUGGACACAACUGAUAUGUCUAUUGGCUCCACAACACUGUUGGACACGUUUGAAGGCCUCAGCCACACAGAUAUAAUUACACUCACACUGGUGGAGGUUAGACCAGACUUAGAAGAGACACCAGCAGAUGAUGGCAACUACACAAAUGUUUUAAAUGAUCCAAUGGAGAAGGAAACCCCUGAUUUAGUAACUCCAGAUAGCUCUUCUGCUGUACCAUGUCAUGAAAUGUGUCAGAGCCCCAAGGUUGAUCCUCAAAUUACCCUCUCUUUGGAAACCAACGGCGACGGCGACUCAACAACCUUUGUGCCCCCUGCUGCCAAGAGUAGAGGCAGAGGCAAGGGAAGGGGGGCAGGUAGAGGUGGAGCUCGAGGAAGGGGCAGAGGUGCUGGCAGAGGCAGAGUUGUUAAUACGAGGAAAAAAGCAGCGUCAUCUAGUGCAGAACCUCAAAUUUCACCAGAUGCAUCUGCUGCAUCUGAAGGAGUGGUCGACUCCAAUCCAGAGGUUGCAGCGGUGCAGGAUGAAAGUCUAUCUGUUGGACAUACAAACACUGAGCAGGAAACCCCUUCAAGUUUAAAUCAAAAUACUCACUUGUCAUUAAUGCCCAGCAGAAGCCCCAUAAAACAUGUUCAGAUGUCACUUGAAAGCAGAAACCUCCCACCACCCACCCCAAUCACAAAAAUAAACCCCCCUCCUGUUCACUCUACCCCUAACCCUGUGAAAACGUGGCAGAUCCCUACAAAACCAGUACCAACCCCACAGCUCAGGACAGAACACACCGAUAGUUUCCCACUUAAAGCUGCAACCAUGUACGGUGGAUUUGCCACCACAAACGUAACGUUGUUGUGUCCUUCACAACUGCCCACAGCUGUACAUACUAACAAAUCUGUGCUGAUUCAGCCCGUUGCUCCUCUCACUAAACAACCAUUCCUCACACCUACAGCAGACAAACACCUCAAAGUCUCCCUGUCCAAGAAACCGCCCUCACAGCUCCCUCCAGGUCUGAGUGAAACUGAAAUGCUCAGGUACAAGCUGAUGAAGAAACUCAAAUCACAGAAGAAGAAGCUGGCUAAGCUAAAUGAGCUGUUGGGUCACCAGGGAGCCACAAAACUCCGGCCAGACAGCACCAUCCUGGGUUCUCCAAACUCGGUUACCUCCAGCACGUUCGACGGCUCCACCUGCGACGACAUCCUCUUGGACCUGCUCUCACCGGCCACGACAGCCAGCAAUCUGUCACCUGACAGCUCCGGUUACAUAGAGAUGCUCGCAAAAGGACAAGAUGGAGGCAGCCAGGCGGACAGUAAAGUCAACGGUGUUGGUGGUGGGGUGGUAGAAACCAGCGCUUGUGUGAACGAUGACAACACUGGAAGCUUUAUGGACGAGUUUAUUUGGCAGGCUGUGGAUAACAAUCCGACACAGAUGGAGAGUGACGCUCUCAAUGCACUUGAACUUUUCUUUUAAAAAAAAGUCUGAAAAUGUGUUUUGUACGAUACAAUUUAUCCGUUUGCUUAUUCGCCUUCAGCAGUAAAGCUUGCUUCAUUUGUAAUGGCCUUGAGCCUCGUGAAGAUGCUGUCACUGCAACUCAAUAGUCAACAAUUGGUUUUUGAAUUAGUGAAAUAGAAAGACCCUCUUUCUUUAUCAUUUUACCUUCUGUAAUUUGAAAGAUAAUCACAUUUUUCAGUGAAUGGAUGGAAUCAAAUUAUUCAAAUGUUUCUUUUUAAAUUUUCUUACUGCACAAAUGUUAAGAAGACUAUACUGUCUAUACUACUGAAUCUAUUGUCACAACAGUCAGCAGUCUGAAGCUUAAAUUUCAAAUAUCAUUUAAAUGGUUAAAUGAACAAGGAUGUAUAAUGCAGGUGAUGGCAACCUACUCUAUGUACUUCUGACUAUGUAUGGAGGCAUCAUGUUUAUGGUUGAUUUGUUUGCUUAUUUAUUUUUGAUAAAUUAAUUAAAACCUUGUGACAAAUU